AUGCUGCCGGCUAAUUUUCUCCGACGGGUAGCGGGUUGUGGUGGGGGAGUAAUAGGGGGGAGGGCUCUGUCGUCGUUUUUUCCUGGACGACGCGUUGUUUCUGUCACUCAUGGCCACAGUCACAUCAGCAGCAGCCACAAGAGUCAUCAUGGCUGUCAUAAUAUCGGUCAGCAAAGACGGAUGAUACAGAGCCUGCUGGCCAGGCACAAGUGUGUCACUGUUGGCCUUGGCUCAUUAGAGUUGUCCUCCUCCAUGUCAACAGCCGAGUUGAAGAAAAGAGUCAUUUCUGCUGUUGCUCAGAGCUUGCGCGUCUCGUCGACGGAUGACGCUGCUGUGGUUCUUGUGUCCAGGUCACUAGCCCCUUGGCUGGAGGAUCAGGCGUUUAUGGCUGGGCUGCUCGAGGCUACGACCUCUGAUGAGACGGGGAGGGAGCUCAGCGUCUUGAGUGCGGCGGUGGAUGAAGUUCCACGGUUUCAGGGCGCUCCAAGUUCUUCCGAGGGUUUGUCUGUUUUGCGCGGAAGUUCUACCCGGGUGCUCCCCGGUCUGUGGGAAGUCGGGAGCAACCAGACCUUCUCACCUUCACAGCAACUGUCCUUCCUCGAGCUCCGUCUCCCUGGGCUCCAACCAAAAGCAGAGCCUCUCCAGGUCACGGUCCCUCUUGCCAAUACCAUCUUUACCACCGGGAAGUCCCACGCUCUUUUUGCGAGCAAAUGGCGCCAUGAUCCCGCUGCGGCCCGAAAAGGCCUGAGCAUGGCGGCCAGUGUCGAAAAGACAACACAGACUAUCCUUCUUCCAGGGUACGAUCAAUCCUCGGCGAGUACCGUGUACACAGCACUUGUACCAGUCACGCGCCCACACAAGAUUGUUGCCGGCCUGGGAAACAUCCUUCGACAGGUCGAGGUGGGGGUCAAGCCAGAGCCGGCGUCCAAGGAACUUGAGGCGAUCAUUCCCGCACUUCUCAAGAAGCGCCUGGAGCACUCCGAGUCGGACGAGCUGACGUAUAGUGGGCCUGUAGGCGUCUGGGCCUUGAUCAUGCCCGAGGGUGCCGUCGAUCAGUUUCCCAUCCCAAACCCCCUUGACGUGCAGAACUAUGAUCCAUCUAGCGAGUGGGACUUGGUACAUCAAACCUCGCAGGCCAUGGACGGGCUAAUAGCUGCCGGGUGCCAGUUGCGCAAGAUCCUCAGCGGCGGCGGCGGCUGGGGUCUCAAGCAAGGCCUCCUGUCACUUGAUCCAAACACAAGAUACGCAAGAGAAGAGCACGAAGACAUGGAGAGCUUUAUACGGUCUUUCAAGCGCGAGGAUGCCACCGGCGGUAUUGUCACGCCGGGCUCCUACGUCCAGUUCUUCACCGAGGCCAUCCCCCCAACAGAAAAGACAAGGCUAAAGCUGGCCUGGCCUUCUGACCGCCCUACCUUUGCCAUUGGAACAUCUGGCGGGAAGACGUCAGAGGAGGUGGAGACUUUCCCCGACCUCUUUGGUGCUGUCUCUUCAGAGGGUGUCUACAUCUCUUCGGAAGAGAACGCCGCCAUAACGACCAAGCUAGACGCGCCACAAUCUUAUGUGGUAUCUCACGCGAGUGAGGAAUAA